CCGCCGUCCGGUCCCGGGCCAGGAAGCGACGCCAGGAAGCGGGUCCCGGCCGGAGGAGCCGCUUAUGGGGUGCCCCUGGGAAUCGGUGACCGCAGCCCGAGAAGAUGUGCCUGCGCGGCCAGGCCGGGCCGGGGCAGGGGGCGGAGGGCAGCUGGGCCUGGGUGGUGCUGGUGGCCACCAUGGUGUCUCAGGGCCUGACCCUGGGCUUCCCAGGCUGCAUCAGCGUCUUCUUCACCGACCUCCAGCAGGAAUUCCAGGCCAGCAACAGUGAGACCUCCUGGUUCCCCUCUAUCCUGUUGGCCAUCCUGCAUGCCGGGGGGCCGGUCUGCGGGAUGCUGGUGGAGCGGUUCGGCUGCAGGGUUACGGUGAUGUCGGGAGGCCUGCUGGCCGGGCUGGGCAUGGUGGCCAGCUCCUUCUCCCGCUCCCUUAGCCAACUCUACCUCACGGCCGGCCUCAUCACAGGCCUGGGUGCCUCCUUCAGCUUCCAGGCGAGCAUCACCGUGCUGGGCUACUACUUUUCCCACCGGCGGGCGCUGGCCAACGCCCUGGCCUCGGUGGGCGUCUCCAUCGGCCUGACCCUCUGGCCCCUGCUCUCCCACCACCUGCUGGACUCCCUGGGCUGGCGAGGCACCUUUCUGGUCUUCGGCGGGGUCCUAUUCAACUGCUGCGUGUGCGGGGCCGUCAUGCGGCCCCUGGGAGCCUCGUCCCCGGACCAGGCGGCGGCCGAACCGCCGCCCCCCCGCCGCCCUCCGGGUUGCCCCUGGGCCUGCGGCCGGGCCUUGCGGCGCCACUUGGCUUUCGACGUGUUCUGCCACAACCGCGGCUACCGGAUCUACACGCUGGGCGUCGUGUGGAUGGUCAUGGGCUUCGUGCUGCCCCACAUCUACCUGGUGCCCUACGCCAUGCACCACGGGGUGGACCCGGCCCGCGCCGCCCUCCUCGUCUCCAUCAUCGGCUUCAGCAACAUCUUCUUGCGGCCCGCGGCCGGGCUGCUGGCCGGGAUGCCGGUCUGCGCCGGCCGCCGCGCCCACCUCUUCAGCCUGGCCGUGCUGCUCAACGGCCUCACCAACCUGCUGUGCGUCACGUCGGCCAACUUCCACGUGCUGGUGGGCUACUGCCUGGUCUACAGCGUGUCCAUGAGCGGCGUGGGCGCCCUCGUCUUCCAGGUGCUCAUGGACAUCGUGCCCAUGGACCGCUUCCCCAGUGCCCUGGGCCUCUUCACCGUCCUGGAGAGCUGCACCAUCCUCAUCGCUCCGCCGCUUGCCGGGCUGCUGCUGGACACCACUGGAGACUUCAGAUACGUCUUCUGCACAUCCAGCUUUAUCCUGGUGUCUGCCGCGCUGUUCAUGGGCAUCAACUUCUGCCUCAUGCAAAGAAAGGAGCAGGGGGCGGACGCGGGGACCCUCAAGGAGCCACCUCUAGAGGAGACCCUCCUCCCCGGGGCCACGGACGACCUCCCGCCCAAGAAGCCUCCGUCCCCACUGCCGCACCCCAUGGAGGUCAUGUACGUGACCAGCGUCUGAGCCCGCAGACCGUAGCCCAGGGCAGUGAGCUUUGGGGCCGGCCUGAGGGCCUUCACCUACCUGAUGCAGGCAGCGGCAGGUUGGGGAGGGGCACAGC